UCUACUGGGACCAAAGACCAGGAAGGAAGCAACGGGAGACCCACCUGCCAUCGUAUGGACAUUUCUUGAAGCAGCUGAUCAGCACGAUUGGUUCUUUUCCCGAUGGUGGAGAGGUUCUUCUCCACGAGGCAAAUAGGCGGUCCGGAUUCCAUACAACCCAUGACGCUCCUCUCUGGGCCUCCUUGCAGAUAUUUUUUAUUUUUCGGAGACAGCGGGAAGACUUCUCUUCUGUUCCAAUUUGCGAUCAAUUGCACAUCGGAGAGUUUCGGCGAUGUGGUCUUCAUCUGUAACAAGAGGAGACUAGAGAAUAAGCCUCCCUUUUUAUCUCAUGGUGUUGAUCCGGCUUCAGAUGCGCUUCAACAUAUACAAAUCAAGUAUGUUGAAGACGAUGAAGGAAUCAAAAAAUUCUUUGCAUCAUUUCACCUGCAUGAAAGCUUUCCAGUAGCAGUUAUCAUUGAUGAUUUUGGAGAUUUCUUCAGCGACAAGAAUUGCCAACAGAGAUAUAACAAUGCAAGGGGUAGAGAUCUAGCCAUGGUUCGCACUCUGGCUCUAUGCUGGGAUGCUAUAGCACACGCAAAUGUCUUCGUUCACUUUAUUUGUAGCAAAAAAUUGCAACCCAAGGCAUCUUGCAGUCUUCUGGUUGCUGAUACACACCAAGGAGACAGUCCAAGACUGUUAUUCAUUUACAAGAGAUGGAUUCAGUGCAUCUUCACAAUUCAAGGUGAUGGCUCGGGUUCGUAUAUUUUGAAGAAUAGUUGUAUUUCAGGCAACAGGCAAGAGGGCACGAGAAUUGCCAAAUAUUCCAUAGCGCUUCAGCAUCUGGCAUUGGAAGAGCCAUUUCUCUCUCUUCAACAAAGAGCACUCGCUCAACUAUCGCAGAUGGCAAGAAGAACUACUCAGCGAACCCACGGAUUACGAUGACUUGAGGAUCUCUUUGGAUGAUGAGAGCAGCAACCAAAGAUCUUUAACAACGUGGAUAUGCCCAUGGAAUUGGUUGUACCGAUGAUGGACUUGUACAUGGCCUGCCGGCACAAGGGAUCGGGCUGCUUCACCUUCGAAAUCUCGUACACAUGGCGAACCCUGAUGGGGGACUUGACGGUGAAGUCGAACGGGUUGUCUUUAUUGUUGGGAAAAAUGGUCCCACAAGUAUGAAUCAACUAUGAAAAUUAUAAGCAAAAUAAGAACACGAGAUUUUUACGUAAUUUUUUUAAUUAAAGUACAGUCUAAUUUUACUAUUUUUGUAAAA